AUGGAACGAGAGCCACAUAAGCAAUUCGAAGAAAAAAAGAAGCAAAAACGACCAAUGGCUGCUGAAGGAGAACAGAAUUUCUCGUUGUCUUCCGGCACUACAGUGACAGCUGAUGCCGCAGACGAGAGUUCCGGCAGGAGACCAGCAGAAGCGCUACAAACGAGGGAGUCUCUAUCACUGCGAAUAAAGUUGCUGAAACGGCUUGGAAUCGACGACGUUCAAGAUCUGGAUGCAAGUGAUGUCGACCUAGUGGACCAGUUUGUGAAUAUACGAUUGGUAAAUGACACAAAAGAAUUAGAGAAGAUACGUGGGUCGAAUCUCACCAAACUGAGCCAAAUUAUCGAAAAAUGUGUGGCAAGCGAUAAAAUCAGUGAUUCGAUAUUGAACAAGAUUCUUGACAUGUCGAUGAGCAGGGACGCCAGCAAUGAUCACAAUAACCACCUUAUGGUACCGUCGCCGACAAUGACGAAGAAACGUAAGAUAGGCGCGUCUGAGUUAGCCAGUCCACGGGGCCAUAGAAGGUACAGAUCUGAUAUUCCCACGGUGUCGGAAAUUGAAACAGGUGUCGGAUACCCUCAAGUGCAUCAGCAACCGAGUGCAUACACUUUGCCCGUACCUGCAAGCCAGUGGAUGGCGAAUCCGUAUAUGCAACCCCCACAAUCACAAGUACAGCAGUUGGUGCCACAGUAUUUAUACCCGCCAGGGAUGGGACCGCAGCCUCCGCUGCCAACGAUGAACCCAAAUUCCGAGUCCCAGACACCUGUGAUGAGCUCGCAAUUUCUCUCUCUAAACCAGCACGGCCUUUACCAACAAAACAUGGGUGCGCACCCCGUAAUGAGCAUGGGCCCACAAGCAAACAUAUACGGCCAGCAACAACAGCUGCAACACAGUCAAGAACGAGAUCCACCAAGAAAAAGUUUCAGUCAUAGAAGGUCGCAGAGCGCUAACAUUUCCAUGGCGAAUUUUAGGUCGCCCAUGCGAAAUCCUCAGCCGGGUUCAUCUCACAGACCUGUUAAUUUUCUAAUCCAUACCCCCAAACAUCCUCCUCCCACAUGA